AUGAAUUCUCCGUAUGAAAAUCAACAGCAUGGACAAAAGUUAUUGAACAUUGUCAAUCGUGGUACAGUCGAUCAAUUAUUUAUCUUUUUACAAGGAUUUCAUCGGAUACCUUUUUAUAAUUUAACGGAUGUGCUGUCAUAUGAAGGUGUUAUCGAUGAUCAAAUUGAUUUCAUCGAUUGGGCAGGAACAAAGUACGAUGUCACUCCAUUGAUUAUCGCAGCUGGCAAAGGUUCCUUUGAGAAAACAAAAGUUCUUCUCGUUCAUGGAGCGAAUCCGAACAAGCAAUGUGCUACAGGUGAUACAGCAUUGAAUUUAGCUGUUCAUCGUCUGAAGUACCCAAUUGUUGACCUACUUCUUCAAUAUCGUGCAAAUCCAAAUCUGUAUAAUCAAUCUGGAAAAACAGCACUGCAUCGAGCCGCUGUCUCCUAUCCAAGUGAAGGUCUUCAACAUCUUCAAACGCUACUCAAUGCUGGUGCUGACCCAAAUAUUGAAGAUCGAAAUCAGCGACUGCCACUCGAUGAAGCAACCAUUGUUAAUAAGCCAGAAAUCGUCGACAUUUUCCUGGCACAUAAUCCAUCGUUAAUUCAGCGGGCGUAUCGUGCAGCUAUUAUUGCCUCUCGUCUUGGUGAAUUUCAUCUUUUCUUUGAUCCUUUUUCUCAAUACUUCCUUUCAGGUUAUGAUCAAUGUCUAUUAACUUUGUUAUCUUAUGGUUUGGAUCCAAAUAUUGCUGAUCGAACACGUACAGCACCAUUACAUGUAGCUGUUCGCGCAAUGAAAUUAUCCACUGUGCAAAUCUUAGUAGCACAUGGUGCUGAUCAGAAUUUAGCUAACAAUCGAGGUGAAACAGCCUUGACCAUAGCUGAAUAUUUGCCAGUAGAUCAACAGCAGAUUUUUAUCAACGCGUUGAUUGAAACACCACAAACAAUACCUUCGAAGCUACAAACAUAUCCAACAGAUACUGAACCUGCGAUAUUGGAUGUGUAUCCGUUACUUCGUAAUCAUUCAAAUUGGACGUUUGAUCAUGAUGAAUAUCGUAGUCAAACAGCGGAAAAUUCUUCCGUGCAAAACCUGCUUGAUGAUUCUAAUGAAACAUUUUGGUGUUGUACACAAUCGGAGAAUGCUUGGGUUACGUUUGAUCUGAAAUAUCAACAUUAUAUCAAUGGUAUUCAAAUCAUUGGAUGUGGUGGUUACUCAGCACCACGAAAUGGACAAUUAGAUGUAUCUAAUGCUGUCAAUGGACCUUGGCUGAAAGUGAAAGAUUUUACUUGUUUAUUAUCGCAAGGAAAUAAGAAUGAAUUCUUCUUUCCGUCAUUAGAAACUCGUUUCGUUCGAGUUAUUCUUCGAGAUAAUUAUGGUGGGGAUGACAUUCGCAUAGAGAGUAUUGCCUUUUUUGGCCUUCAUGUGCGUUUAGUCGAAUUGUUACGCGAAUAUGCUCUCGAAAACAGUCUUGGCACGUUAUUAAUGAAUGAUAUUAAUGAUCUCGAAACAUUAGUGGAGAAUCGUGAUGAAAUUCUGAAUUCAUCUAAUAAAUACAUGAAUGUUAAUGAGCAUUUUCGAUUUAUACGAUUGAUCGACUCAUUGAAAACAUCGCAAUUAACUUUCCUUGAAUGGUUUACUAUGCCACAGACGACAGUUAUUGCUGGGGAAAAAUUACGAACGUUCAGUGUCGAAGGCGAUGCAGAUGUGAACGAUCGAGUUCGACUAGAAGAAAAACUCGAAAAUAGUUCACAUGUUAACACUGCUCUGAUGAAAGACCUUGAACCCAUGCACAACCAAUCUUUAGCAGAAUUCUCUGAUUAUAUCAUUAAAUCUCCUGGCCGAUACAAAAUUCGAGUCGUUAGUGCUGAAAAUCCUCAGAUUUAUACACCAUGGCAAUCGAUUGUCGUAGGUCCUACCUUAUUUUACCUACCUAAACUAAACACACCAACAGAUGAAAAUUCUUACCUUGCAUCAACAACUUUCUCUCACACUCUUACCACAAAUGAUAACGAAAAGACAUUAGUUUGUCUAAAGAAACCAGAAACAAAUGAAGAUAAAAGAGAAACCCGAGCGUUUAUCACUAAGGUUUACGAAAGUGAAGACGACGACGACAAAGAAGAAGAAGAAGAAGAAGAAGAAGAAGAAGCAGAAUACGACAACGACGACGACACUGAAGACGAUACAUACUUGACUUCACUCAAAUCAGUUGAAAAUUCCCCAUAUUAUUUUCCAAUUACGAACGUGUCAUAUACAAUGAGUGCGUCACCAACGAAUUAUUAUGCACAACCGAGAAAUACACAUGAUCACGGUACAUCAGCAAAUGCUAUUGAGUAUAGAGAUAAUGAAUCAUACUCUGCUCAACGACCUUUUAGCAAUAAUGGCGAUUGGACGAAUACUGUGUCAAGACAAAAUAAGCCAAUGGUGCCAACGAGAUCUCAAGAUGAUGGUUAUUCAUCACAGAACGAUCGCCGUUCGAGAUUCGAUACUAACAAUCGAGAACAAUCAAAUAGUCAAGGACACAGAAGUCUAACACCAGAGAAAUAUCGACUUCUCAAAAGACGUCUUGAGAGAUUACAGCAGAGAGAACAAUCGUAUGAAAAAAAUAAACAUCAAAAUGGUCAUCGAUAUGGAUCAUAUAAUCAACCAAAACCAGCACCAGGACGAGACCAGUACGAUCCACAGCCAAUACCAGCAUCACUACGAGAUCGGUACGAUCCACAACCAAGACCAGCACCAGGACGAGACCAGUACGAUCCACAGCCAAGACCAGCACCAGGACGAGAUCAGUACGAUCCACAGCCAAAACCAGCACCAGGACGAGACCAGUACGAUCCACAACCAAAACCAGCACCAGGACGAGAUCAGUACGAUCCACAACCAAGACCAACACCAGGACGAGAUCAGUACGAUCCACAGCCAAGACCAGCAUCACCACGAGAUCGGUACGAUCCACAGCCAAGACCAGCAUCACCACGAGAUCGGUACGAUCCACAGCCAAAACCAGCACCAGGACGAGAUCAGUACGAUCCACAGCCAAAACCAGCACCAGGACGAGAUCAGUACGAUCCACAACCAAGACCAGCACCAGGACGAGAUCAGUACGAUCCACAGCCAAGACCGGCAUCACCACGAGAUCGGUACGAUCCACAGUCAAAACCAGCACCAGGACGCGAUCAGUACGAUCCACAACCAAGACCAGCACCAGGACGAGAUCAGUACGAUCCACAGCCAAGAGCAGCACCAGGACGAGAUCAGUACGAUCCACAGCCAAGACCAACGGCAUCACGACCACAACAUUAUAACGAUAAAAUUGAUGAUUACUAUGGUCAUCAACCAAACAAAGAAUAUAGAAUCGUUUCUGGUUCGCUUGUGCUCCAAGAAAUUCAACUAAGUAGUCAGCAAGGUUCUAAUUUUCAUAACUCAGGCUCUCCUUAUAUUCAAGGGACAAUAGGACGUCCGUUGGAUAAUCACCCAUCAAAUGAUCAAAAAAUUUCAAGCAAUCAACCAGCUCAUGGUGAUCAACCGCGUCCUCAAUCUUAUGUGGACCAUCGACCAGGUGAAAGCACGGUGCAAACAAACAGUAAUAGUAACCAAGAAAAUGAUUCGCCUAAUCAUUAUUCUAUAGGCAAAAACUCGACGCGUCCUCUAUCUCCACCCCUACCUGCACCGCAGCCAUCAGUUUCGAAUAGAUACUUUUUUGGCCCAAGACGUCCAGGCCAAGGCUUCGAUGAUGACAAUACAAACAACUGUAUAGUAUCCAGUUAUAGCCCAUUGUCACCAUCGCUCAGAGAUAACAACCGUUCAGAUCCGUAUUUUGGGACGCAAACCGAGAUUGGAACGAACACAAGUCCCCAAAUUCUAUAUGCAAAUCGACCAGGGCAAUCGUCAAACACCCAGCCUAUCGAUGAUGAAAACGCUUAUGCACAACUGGAUCAACAUUCUGCAGGAGGUAGCUCGCCUUCUGAACCUCCAUCCUUACGAAAAAAGCCUAAUCAAAACUUGAGUGGUCCUGGAAACAAUAGAAGCGGUGUUACCAGUUACAACGAUCAAGAUGUAUAA